GUUGUUUUUUUCUUUAAUUUUUUUAAUUAUAGAAUUUUGGAUUGGGUGUCAUCAUCAAAGCCAUCAAAGCAGGAAUAAUUGUGGGGUUUCAUUAGUUCUUCAAUUUUGGUCCUUUAAAGACUAGAUUUUUCUUUUAUUCCAUUAGUUUCUUAAAGCCUAGAUUUUUGGGCUUGGUUUAGGGAAAGAGUCAGAAAAUGGUGAAGUACAGCAGAUUAGAUGAGAAACCCUCCUCCUGGUUUAUAUUCAAUUUCAAACAGUACAACAAUUCAUUAGUGAAAGUUACUGUUUCAAUACUGCUAAUAGGUUUUGGGUUUUGUCUUCUUUAUUCUGCAAGUACCAAUUCUGAUGGGAAUUCAAUUGGAGGUGGUGUUUCUGUUUCAAGUCCUUUUGUAGAUAAACCAGUGGAUGGGGAUGCUGGUGGUAGUGAUGACUUACCAACUUCUACUACUUCUAAUGAUGAAUCUGUGGAGAUCCCUAAAGAAAAAUGUGAUCUUGCAAUUGGGGAAUGGAUACCAGAUCCAUUGGGACCUAUGUACACUAAUGAGAGCUGUAAUGUCAUCACUGAUAACCAGAAUUGUAUGAUGAACGGGAGACCCGAUACGGGGUUUCUUUAUUGGAGGUGGAAACCGAGAGAUUGUGAGUUGCCGAGGUUUGAUGCAACGAGGUUUCUCGAUUCGAUGCGGAAUAAACAUUGGGCAUUUAUUGGCGAUUCGAUUUCUCGGAACCAUGUGCAGUCAGUCCUUUGCAUUCUCUCUAAGGUAGAAGCAGCAAAUGAAGUUUACCAUGACAAGGAUUUCAGAAAUAGACGAUGGCACUUCCCCACGUAUAACUUCACCCUUACAAUAAUCUGGUCUCCGUUCUUAGUUAAGGCGUACAAUUACGAAUAUGUGAAUGGUGUCGAAGCUGAUCCUCGCAUACAUCUUGAUGAGCUUGAUAACGCAUGGACAGAUCAGUAUACGAGUUUCGAUUAUAUUGUAAUGUCGGGUGGAAAAUGGUUUCUGAGAUCUGCAGUUUACCAGGAAAACAAUACAAUUGUUGGUUGUCAUUACUGUCCAGGGAAAAAAAACGUGACAGAGUAUGGAUUAGAAAAUGCUUACCGCAAAGCCAUGAAGCUGGUACUCGACUUCAUUCUCAAUUCUGAUCACAACGCCUCAGUUUUCUACAGAGCCACAACGUCAGAGCACUUCGAAAAUGGUUCCUGGGACACCGGAGGUACUUGUGAUAGAACUAAACCAUUUAAAGAAGGCGAGAUUAGUCUAAACUAUCUCGAUGUUGCGUUUCGUGAUAUAGAGCUGGAAGCAUUCAAGAAUUUGGAAAACAUUGGAUCUACCGGGAAAGGGAAAUUUCUGAAACUUUUAGAUGUUACUAUACUUUCGUUACUUCGGCCUGAUGGACAUCCUGGUCCAUACCGAUACUUCCAGCCAUUUGCAAAGGAUAAAAAUGCUACUGUGCAGUAUGACUGUCUGCAUUGGUGUUUACCCGGGCCUAUUGACUCUUGGAAUGAUUUGAUCAUGGAGAUGGUGAGGAAUGGCUGAGGCAGCAUUUUCAGAUACAAGUGUCAGAAGAUUUGCAAUAUGAUUUUUUAUGAAACAUUAAUUUUUUUUCGGUUGUGGAGAUAUUCUAUUGGUCAUACUUCACAGUGUCGACGAACUGGCAGAGUUGUAUGGGUUGGUGGUGAAGGCGAGUCGCCAGCUACCCGCUGUAAAUACUUCCAUUUUUUGUGUGGGUUAUAGUUCUCCAUGUAUUUUACUUUCGGUAUUCCAAUUCAGGGAUGAAAACUUGGCAACUUCGAAUUAAAGUUCCUUGGAAAGAUUUUGUGUUUUAAUAUUUGAUUUCAUUAUACGAUUCAAGACAUUACUGUUCUCAA